GCGGCGGCAGCGGAGGGACUUGCAAACGUGGCUGGCCGGGCUGGGCGCCUGAGUCCAAAGCGGCCACUUGGAGAGCGCCUCCGGCAGGACUGGACCCGGCACGGUGUUCCCCUGCCUCUCGGAACCGGGGGCGCUCCGCCGGCCGCCUUGCCUGGGGAGCCUCCUCCUCCUCCGCGCCGCCUCGCAACUCCGCCUUUGUCUGGGUGCGCGCGGGCGACCUGCAGCGCCGAAGACGCGCCGCCGUCGGUGGUGCCUGCGCCCCCCGCGCUCGCCUCCUCGGCCAUGCAGAAGCUGCUGCAGCAGCUGCCCGCCAGCGCGGCCAACUUGGUGAAGUCCCAGCAGGCGGCGGCGGCGGCGGGCCAGGAGGCCAAAAGCCCCGUCCUGGUGCCCGAUGGCGCGCAGCAGACGUGGUACAGCACCCUGGAAGGCGACGAGUUUCGGCUCCUCAAGGCGCCCGACCAGGAAGCCGCCCCCCGCCAGGAGAGCAGCCUCGACGGCGGCGUGGCGCAGCCGCUACGGCAUGACGAUCUAAAGGAGAUGCUGGACAGUAACAAGGAUUCGCUGAAGCUUGAGGCCAUGAAGAGGAUUGUUGCGAUGAUUGCUCGAGGCAAGAAUGCAUCUGAUCUCUUCCCUGCUGUGGUAAAAAAUGUCGCUUGCAAGAAUAUAGAGGUGAAGAAGCUGGUGUAUGUCUAUCUGGUCCGAUACGCAGAAGAACAGCAAGACUUGGCCUUGCUCUCCAUCUCUACCUUCCAGCGAGGCCUCAAGGAUCCCAAUCAGCUGAUCCGAGCCAGCGCCCUCCGGGUUCUCUCCAGUAUCCGCGUGCCUAUCAUUGUGCCUAUCAUGAUGCUGGCCAUCAAAGAGGCAGCGUCGGACAUGUCCCCGUAUGUGCGGAAAACGGCAGCUCACGCCAUCCCCAAGCUAUACAGCCUUGACUCAGACCAGAAAGACCAAUUAAUAGAGGUCAUUGAGAAGUUGCUGGCGGAUAAGACAACGCUGGUGGCUGGCAGUGUGGUGAUGGCCUUUGAGGAGGUCUGUCCAGAGCGCAUUGAUCUCAUCCACAAGAACUAUCGCAAGCUAUGCAACCUGUUGAUUGAUGUGGAGGAGUGGGGCCAGGUGGUGAUCAUCAACAUGCUGACACGCUACGCCCGCACCCAGUUCCUCAGCCCCAACCAAAACGAGUCCCUCUUGGAAGAGAGUGCCGAAAAAGCAUUUUAUGGAUCUGAAGACGAAGACUCCAAGGACGACAAGGCAGAGCCGGCAUCCCUAGUGAAGCGCAAGCCUUACGUCAUGGACCCCGACCACCGCCUGCUCCUGCGCAACACCAAGCCCCUGCUGCAGAGCCGCAAUGCAGCGGUGGUGAUGUCUGUUGCCCAGCUCUACUUCCACCUCGCUCCGAAGGCUGAAGUUGGGGUCAUCGCUAAGGCACUGGUGCGUCUCCUCAGGAGCCACAGUGAGGUGCAGUACGUGGUGCUUCAGAAUGUGGCCACCAUGUCCAUUAAGCGCAGGGGAAUGUUUGAACCGUACCUCAAAAGCUUCUACAUCAGAUCAACUGAUCCUACCCAGAUCAAGAUCCUCAAGCUGGAAGUUCUGACCAACCUUGCAAAUGAGACGAACAUUUCCACCAUCCUGCGUGAGUUCCAGACCUACAUCCGGAGCAUGGAUAAAGACUUCGUGGCGGCCACCAUCCAGGCCAUCGGCCGUUGUGCCACCAAUAUUGGCAAAGUGCGCGACACCUGCCUCAAUGGGCUUGUCCAGCUGCUAUCCAACCGAGAUGAGCUGGUUGUGGCUGAGUCUGUGGUCGUCAUUAAGAAACUCCUGCAGAUGCAGCCGUCUCAGCAUAGCGAGAUCAUCAAACACAUGGCUAAGCUGACUGACAACAUCCAGGUCCCCAUGGCCCGGGCCAGCAUCUUAUGGCUGAUCGGCGAAUACUGUGAGCAUGUGCCCAAGAUUGCCCCCGAUGUGCUGCGCAAGAUGGCCAAAUCCUUCACCUGUGAGGAGGACAUUGUGAAGUUGCAGGUCAUCAAUUUGGCAGCCAAGCUCUACCUGACCAACUCCAAGCAGAGCAAACUGCUGACCCAGUACGUGCUGAACCUAGCCAAGUACGACCAGAACUAUGACAUCCGGGAUCGCGCCCGCUUUAUCCGCCAGCUCAUUGUGCCCACCGAGAAGAGUGGCGCCCUCAGCAAGUAUGCCAAGAAGCUUUUCCUGGCACAGAAGCCUGCCCCCAUCUUAGAGUCGUCUUUCAAAGACCGUGACCACUUCCAGCUGGGCUCCCUCUCACACCUCCUCAAUGCCAAAGCUGUGGGCUACCAGGAGCUCCCCGACUGGCCCAACGAGGCUCCGGACCCCUCCGUGCGCAAUGUGGAGGAAGAGUGCAUUGGCCCCGUGGAAAGCAAUAUUGGGCUGUUGGGUGAACCGAUAGAGGUCCCAGAAUGGACCAAGUGCACCAGCCGCGAGAAGAGGAAGGAGAAAGUGGAUAAGCCGUUCUACUCCGAUUCGGAGGGGGAAUCCGGGGCGACAGAAUCUGCUGACAGUGAGCCCGAGACGCUGAGCGGGUCCGAAAGUGAAAGUGCCAGUGAGAGCGGUUCUGGUUCUGGCAGCGAAGAAGAGGAUGAGGAAGAUGAGGAUGAGGAAGAGAGUGAGGACCAGUCGGAAGAGAAGGAGAAGAAAAAGAAGAGAAAGCAGCCUCCAAGGAAAGGAUCGUUAGAAAGCGCUGGAAGUGACCAGGAGGAAAGCAGCAAGAAAAAGCAGCUGCCGCGGGAAGGGAAAGGUGGGUCAGAAUCGUCCUCUGAGGAGGGGAGCCUUUCCGAGAGCAGUUCGUCAGAGUCUGACUCUGGCUCUGAACCAGAAGAAUCCCAAUUGGAGAAGGAGGCGACGAAGAAAAAGUUGCCUCCCAGCGGCAAACCUGUUCCGAAAGCAUCCAAGAAAGGAGCAAAGGAGAUCUCCCUGCUUGACCUGGAUGAUUUCACACCUCCUCCCCCACAGCCAGUUGCCUCCAGCCCCAUAGUCUCUACCAGCCUUGUGACUGACCUUGAGGGGCUCUCGCUGGCCGACACUUCUCUAGGUGCCGCUAUGAUCAGUCCUGUCUAUGGGACGGUGAAGACAUACGAGCUGCUGCAUCGCAUGACGGGAGAAGGUCUUUCUGUUGAGUAUUACUUCAGCCGGCAACCUUUUAGUCUUGACUCCCGCAUGGUGGCCGUGCAGAUUCAGAUCUCCAACAACACCGCUGCCGAGGUGAAGAAUAUCCGCGUCCAUGAGCCCAAGCUGCUCUCGGGCAUGCGUGUCCAGGAAUUCAAGGAGAUCGAGUCUCUGGCACCUGGUGAAACGGUCAGUGUGAUUAUGGGCAUAGACUUUUGUGACUCCACCCAAGCCGCCAGCUUCCAGCUGUGCACCCACACUCGCCAGUUCUACGUGUCCAUCCAGCCCCCAGUGGGGGAACUCAUGGCUCCCAUGUUCAUGAGCGAGAACGAGUUCAAGAAGGAGCAAGGGAAGCUAACGGGGAUGAGUGAGAUCACGGAGAAGUUGACUCUACCGGACAAAUGCCAGAGUGACCACGUGAUUGUGCAGCAAGUGACCGCUGCGGCUAAUGUUAGCCGUGUGCCCUGCGGUUCAGACAAAGAAUACCGGUUUGCUGCGAAGACAGUUAGUAGUGGAAGCCUCAUCCUCAUCACACUGGAGAAGAAGACGAGCAACAUGGCUCACCUAACCAUCAACAGCGAGAAGAUGCUAAUUGGCACCAUGCUGGUGAAGGACAUAAUCCAUUCCUUGACGCAGUGACCGGAUGGCUUCUCUAUCUCUUGUCGCACCCAUUUCAGACAUCCGACCCCUUCCUUCUUGAUUCAGCCACCUGUCUCCCUGCACCCAGGUUACUUUGCUGUGUCUCCCUGUCCCUACAUAAAAGUACAGGUUGAGUCUGAGGUAGGGGGACAGAUAGGAAACCAUUCGGGGUAGGAAAUGAGGCCCAGCCUCCCACAUAGAUAAAAGAAGUUAGCUCAGCAGCAAACAGAGUAGGGCUGGGCCAUUUGUGGCCCCAGAUGUUUUGGCCUACAACUCCUCUAUCAGCCCUAGCCAGCAUAGCCAAUGACAAGGGAUCAUGGGAGCUGUGGCGCUCCACAUGUUUAGGCCUACAAGUGGGCCAACCCAGAAGUAGAAGGUACUGAAGAUCCCUGUGUGACUCUGACAUCCUUGUUGUGCGAUGGGUCCCCCCUCCUUUCCCUAGUUUUUCUGUUCUGUGGCUCUAUUUAUUAUGGGCAGAGACCAUUCAAUAAAAAUUUGUCCUGAAAUUCA